CUCACAUGGUUAUUUUAACUUUUUUAUUACAUGCAUACUUACAGACAUUGGAGCCUGUUUAACAUAAUUUAGAUGACGAAAGUUAAAAAAGAUAUCCCUGAAAAAAAAUCUAAAAAAAAGAAAAACACCUUAAAAGACAAAACAUUUUCAACAAAAAAAAAUGGAAAAACAUUUGCUGAAGUGAAAUCUCAAAAAACUGAAGAGGAAGACAAGACAGAAACGAAGGCAGAUACAGCAAUCAAUACAAAAUUAACGGAAGAUGAGCAAAAAGAAAGAAAUGCAAGAACAAUUUUCAUUGGGAAUUUACCAUUUAAUACGAAGAAGCAACAGUUGGCGAAAUUUCUUAAGCCAUAUGGUGAAAUGAAGAACUGUCGAUUCCGAAGGCCAAAUGGAAAAAAAAUUCUAAAUAAAAUGAAAUCAGAAAAUUUUUCAACUAUUAUUGCUUAUGCCGUGAUGAAAUCCAUUGAAGAUGCAGAAAAUUGUCUUAUUUUGAAUGGUACUGAAUUUAAAAAUCAUCACAUACGAGUGACAAAACUAGAAAAAAAAUUUUCCUUAGACGAAGAUGUAAACAAAAGAACUAUUUUCGUUGGAAAUUUGAGAUACUCUGCAACAGAGGAAAAACUACACAAUAUAUUUUCAACAUGUGGAGAUAUCGAAUACGUUCGAACAAUUAACAAUGAAAAAGGUUGUAAAGGAUGUGCGUAUAUUUGUUUCAAAAAACGGGAUUCUGUAGGUUUAGCUAUGGAACUAGACAAAACUUUGUUAGAUGAUAGGCCAAUACACGUUGAAAAAUAUUCAGAAAAGAAAAAACUGAUAAAACCAAAAAGAAGUAGUGAAAAAGUUCUUACAGGAUUCGAAAGGAGAAUGAUGAAGAAAAUGUCUAAAGAACUAGGUUGCAAAACUCAUCAGCCUUCGAGAAGUUUUUCAAAAAAUAAUUUAGCCACGGAAAAUCCUAAAAAUUUAAAAAAACUAACAAAGAAGACCACUGCGCAAUUAAAUUAUAGAGGAAAAAAAGCUAAUAACAAAAAGCAUAAUAAAAAGUGUAAAAGGCGAAAUCAUCUCAUGGACUUAGCUAAGAAGAUAGCACCUAAGGAUAAAUAAAAUUUCAUUAAAUUUUUUUAACUUCUAAAUGUUUAUUAUUUUGAAUUUGCAAUUUGCUUU